UUCUCCAUCAGAAUAAACUCAGGAUGAAGAUCCAACAGGUCAUCUUCUUGGUCUUGUUGUCAGCUCUGUGUCCUGUCACCGCCAAACUCAACAUCUACACUGGAGCUACAGGAGGAAAUGGGACGAUUCUUUGUGGUUUCACAGCGCAUGGUGACAAGAAGUUCUUCUGUAAGCACGACUGUAAAGGAGAGAAUAUUCUUGUUGAAACGCAUGGUGUCAUGGCUGCAAAUGGCAGAUACAGCAUCAGUUACACAGAGGUAUCCACAGCAGGAAGUAGCUCUGAGCAGAGCAAUUUGGCAGUGACCAUCACAAACCUGACGAAGUCUGACUCAGCACGCUACAGGUGUGGGAUCGAAGAGACCAACACUACACAGGUGUACGCAGAUUUUGAGGUCAGAGUUGUUGAUGAUCCGGUUCAUGGAAACAAUUGGUUUGCUCGUACCAACAUUGAAGGAGAAACCUUUGCACGCAGAUGCGGUAUUGAUCUAGGCCCUCAAGGGUGGAAGUUCCUCUGUAGAGACGACUGCACUAAAACAGAAGAUGUUAUCCUUGAAACCAUUAUUGCUGCGCAGAGCAGCCGAGUCAGCCUCCAUUAUAUAGACAAUUCAUUUCAUGGGCUGUUCUUGACGAUCUCAAACCUGACCAGGUCUGACACUGGAUGGUACAGGUGUGGAUACGGCAGAGCGCUGUCUCCACUUUUAUUCAACACCUUCCCUCUCAUCGUCAUCCCUGAUCCCAGUUCCACUGAGAGUCCCCCAGUGACAACAGAGGAGGCCUCUGCUGCUGAGAAGCAACGCAGCAACUGUCCAUCAGAUGCUCUGGUGUAUGUGGUUGCGGCUCUGGCCUUCAUCAUCAUCAUCUUGGGGCUGGCGCUGAUUCUCAUCUGUACUCAAGGAAAAUGGAGGUCCGGUCCAAUGAGUACCAUCCUCCUAUCCUAGGCUAUGAAGUGACCAUCUAUGAGAAUCUGGAUCUGGCCAAAAAGGACCAACGCUACCACAACCUGGGCUGAAAAUCACAGGGUGCUGCUGGGUCUAGUCCCGAAGAUAAUAAUUAAAUCCUAUUCAACCAUUUUACAAUAAAAAGACAUCAGACAACGUUUCAGUCAUCAGGAGAGGGAUUCAGUAAAAUCUAGAUCUUUGUUCAAUCAUAAUCCAGAUCUUUGUUUAAUCAUAAUCCAGAUCUUUGUUUAAUCAUAAUCCAGGUCUUUGUUUAAUCAUAAUCCAGAUCUUUGUUUAAUCAUAAUCCAGAUCUUUGUUUAAUCAUAAUCCAGAUCUUUGUUUAAUCAUAAUCCAGGUCUUUGUUUAAUCAUAAUCCAGAUCUUUGUUUAAUCAUAAUCCAGAUCUUUGUUUAAUCAUAAUCCAGGUCUUUGUUUAAUCAUAAUCCAGAUCUUUGUUUAAUCAUAAUCCAGGUCUUUGUUUAAUCAUAAUCCAGAUCUUUGUUUAAUCAUAAUCCAGGUCUUUGUUUAAUCAUAAUCCAGAUCUUUGUUUAAUCAUAAUCCAGAUCUUUGUUUAAUCUUAAUCCAGGUCUUUGUUUAAUCAUAAUCCAGAUCUUUGUUUAUUCAUAAUCCAGAUCUUUGUUCAAUCAUGGUUCAGAUCUUUGUUUAAUCAUGGUUCAGAUCUUUGUUUAAUCAGAAUCCAGAUCUUUGUUUAAUCAUAAUCCAGAUCUUUGUUUAAUCACAAUCCAGAUCUUUGUUUAUUCAUAAUCCAGAUCUUUGUUCAAUCAUGGUUCAGAUCUUUGUUUAAUCAUAAUCCAGAUCUUUGUUUAAUCAUAAUCCAGAUCUUUGUUUAAUCAUAAUCCAGAUCUUUGUUCAAUCAUGGUUCAGAUCUUUGUUUAAUCAGAAUCCAGAUCUUUGUUUAAUCAUAAUCCAGAUCUUUGUUCAAUCAUGGUUCAGAUCUUUGUUUAAUCACAAUCCAGAUCUUUGUUUAAUCAUAAUCCAGAUCUUUGUUUAAUCAUAAUCCAGGUCUUUUUUAAAUCAUAAUCCAGAUCUUUGUUUAAUCACAAUCCAGAUCUUUGUUUAUUCAUAAUCCAGAUCUUUGUUCAAUCAUGGUUCAGAUCUUUGUUUAAUCAGAAUCCAGAUCUUUGUUUAAUCACAAUCCAGAUCUUUGUUUAAUCAUAAUCCAGAUCUUUGUUUAAUCAUAAUCCAGGUCUUUUUUAAAUCAUAAUCCAGAUCUUUCUUCAGUCAUAAUCCAGAUCUUUUUUUAAUCAUAAUCCAGAUCUUUGUUCAGUCAUAAUCCAGAUCUUUGUUAAAUCAUAACCCAGAUCUUUGUUUAAUCAUAAUCCAGAUCUUUGUUUAAUCAUAAUCCAGAUCUUUUUUUAAUCAUAAUCCAGAUCUUUGUUCAGUCAUAAUCCAGAUCUUUGUUAAAUCAUAACCCAGAUCUUUGUUUAAUCAUAAUCCAGAUCUUUGUUUAAUCAUAAUCCAGAUCUUUUUUUAAUCAUAAUCCAGAUCUUUGUUAAAUCAUAACCCAGAUCUUUGUUUAAUCAUAAUCCAGAUCUUUGUUUAAUCAUAAUCCAGGUCUUUUUUUAAUCAUAA